AUGGAUGACAGAGCAGAGACUCUGAUGACUGUGCAUCUUCUCACCCAUCUGGGACACUCGUUUCUUCUGCAGCAAACUCUGGAUCGGCUUUUGGAGUGGAUCUGCCUGGACAUUCGCCUUUUCCUGGUGUCUGAGCGAAUUCCUCCAUUGAAAUACUAUGAGAGAUACCACAAGAGAAGCUGUGGCUUUCCUGGAAUAUCUGUUCUUCUUUUUCUACAUGAGGACCUGGGAGAAGAACGGAUUUUCCAAGUCCAUGAGCAAUUCCAGCGUCCACCCUGGCGGUACCACUGUGCCCAGAUUGCUAAUGGGCAAAGCCACUCCUAUGUCCCAGCUCACCAGGACUUCUACAGCCUGGAUGAGCAGCUGCCUGUGUGGGGCAUCCGACAGGUGCACCGCGGCCCCGAAAUCCUGCGUGUCACCCUCUACUGCAGCUUUGAGAACUAUGAGGAUGCAGUGAGGCUCUACGAGAUGAUCCUACAGAAAGAAGCAACUAUGCAGAAAGGUGACUUCUGUGCCUUUGUGCUGCAUGAGACCCAGCACGUGGCUGUGCAGCUCUGCCUCAGGCAGCUGCCCAUCGGGGUGGCUGCUGAGCCCAGGGAGUCGUCAGCCUUGCAGUUCAAGGUGCAAGAAAUUGGCCAACUAGUGCCUCUCCUGCCUAACCGGUGUAUUCCUAUCAGCAGCACCAGGUGGCAAACACAGGACUAUGAAGGCAACACAAUUCUGCUUCAG